AUGGAGACGGUCAUUUCCUCAGAUAACUCCUCAGCUCUGGAAAAUGAGUAUCCUCAAGAGACCCCAGAAUCCAACAAUAGUGUGUAUACUUCCUUCAUGAAGUCUCAUCGCUGCUAUGACCUGAUUCCCACAAGCUCCAAAUUGGUUGUGUUUGACACUUCCCUGCAGGUGAAAAAAGCUUUUUUUGCUUUGGUGACUAAUGGUGUACGAGCUGCCCCUUUGUGGGAUAGUAAGAAGCAAAGUUUUGUGGGCAUGCUGACCAUCACUGAUUUCAUCAAUAUCCUGCACCGCUACUACAAAUCCGCCUUGGUGCAAAUCUAUGAGCUGGAAGAACACAAGAUAGAAACUUGGAGAGAGGUAUACCUACAGGACUCCUUUAAGCCACUUGUCUGCAUUUCUCCUAAUGCCAGCUUGUUUGAUGCUGUGUCUUCACUAAUCCGGAACAAGAUUCAUAGGCUGCCAGUUAUUGACCCAGAAUCAGGCAACACAUUGUACAUCCUCACCCAUAAACGCAUCCUCAAGUUCCUCAAAUUAUUUAUCACCGAGUUCCCCAAGCCAGAGUUCAUGUCUAAGUCUCUGGAAGAGCUACAGAUUGGAACCUAUGCCAACAUUGCUAUGGUCCGCACCACCACCCCCGUCUACGUGGCUCUGGGCAUUUUCGUCCAGCACCGGGUCUCCGCCCUGCCUGUGGUGGAUGAAAAAGGGCGUGUGGUGGACAUCUACUCCAAGUUUGAUGUUAUCAAUCUUGCAGCAGAAAAGACCUACAACAACCUAGAUGUGUCUGUGACCAAAGCCCUCCAACAUCGGUCACAUUACUUUGAGGGUGUCCUUAAGUGCUACCUGCAUGAAACUCUGGAGACCAUCAUCAACAGGCUGGUAGAAGCAGAGGUUCACCGACUGGUAGUGGUGGAUGAGAAUGAUGUGGUCAAGGGAAUUGUCUCCCUGUCAGACAUCCUGCAGGCCCUGGUGCUCACAGGCGGAGAAAAGCCUUGA